UGACUAACGGCAGUCACAUGACUGGCCCACUAAUGGAGUACGUCCGCAGGAGUCGAGUGUGGCUCGAGAAUUAAACACAAAAAGAGGAUUUUUCCUUCAAAACUGUGGGUCCAUUAUGGCCCCCACAUUAUUUAAUAAACUCUUCAACAAAAGAAGCGCGUUUUCACCGCCCGCGAAAUGCAGCAAGGAGGACGCGGUUUUCAGCUGGUCGUCACCGGAGCUGGAGUCCAGCCAGAUCCGUCUCAUCGUCUACCAGGACUGCGAGCGGCGCGGCAGGAACGUCCUCUUCGACUCGGACGCCAGAAAGAGAAGCACGGAAGAGGCCCCGGUCACGAGGGUGUGUGGAGAGGCACAGGCGAAGAUGUUUGGGAAGUGUUGUCAGCUGAGGCCUACGGGUGGCAGCUCCAGUUCACUGGACAGCAGCUCGUCCUGUGCCUCCGAGCCCAAAGAACAAAACCGCUUCCAGGGCUCCUCACAGUGCUUAUCAGACGCUAACAUGCUCGGAGAAAUGAUGUUCGGCUCGGUGGCCAUGAGCUACAAAGGCUCAACGCUGAAGAUCCACCAGAUAAGAUCUCCUCCACAGCUGAUGCUCAGUAAAGUGUUUACAGCGAGAACGGGCGGAAGCGUCUACGGCAGCCUGAACACACUGCAGGACAGUUUAGAGUUCAUCAAUCAGGACUCCGGCGCGCUGCGGCCCGAGCAGAACACCGCCGCCAACGGCUUCCUGGGCAGCAUAGGUUUCUCUCAGUUCUGCAGCCCACGCCGGGCGCUCUCAGAGCAAGGCCCUCUCCGUCUCAUCAAGAGCGCCUCUUUCUUUUCAGGACACAGUAACCCCAUGGACAUGCCGGGCCGAGGACUGUAUGAUGAGAGAGACAGCGGCAUCGCCCGCUCCGCGUCUUUAAGCAGCCUAUUGAUCACCCCGUUUCCAUCACCGGGCUCCUCUCUCACCAGCAGCUGUGCUAGUAGCUACCAGCGACGCUGGUUACGCAGCCAAACCACCAGCCUGGAGAACGGCGUCUUCCCUCGAUGGUCUGUGGAGGAGAGCUUCAAAAUGUCUGAUGAGAACAGCGGGCCGAGUUUGGGUGUUGCCAGGAAGAAGAAGAUCGCUAUUGGUGUCAUCUUCCUGCUCUCGCCCAACGACGAAGAAAACGCCAAGUUCCAGGACUUUUUCUUCUCUCACUUUCCUCUCUUUGAGAGUCACAUGAACAAACUCAAAAGUGCCAUUGAGCAGGCUAUGAUACUGAGCCGCAGGUCAGCUGAUGCCAGCCAGAGAGCUUUGGCUUACAGUCGCAUGGUGGAUGGCCUCAAUGAGUUUAGGACGACCAUCUGCAACCUGUACACCAUGCCACGUGUGUCUGAGCCCGUCUGGCUCACCAUGAUGUCGGGUCCACCUGAAAAGAACCAGCUUUGUGGCCAGUUCAUGAGGGAGCUGGCCCUGCUCAUGGAGCAAGCCUCCAAGAACCAAUUCCUCCCUGCACUUCUCACUGCGGUUCUCACUAACCAUCUUGCCUGGGUUCCCACGGUCAUGCCCAACGGUCAACCACCCAUAAAGAUCUUCCUGGAGAAGCACUCCUCACAGAGCGUGGACAUGCUGGCGAAAACACAUCCCUACAACCCACUUUGGGCACAGCUUGGUGACCUGUACGGGGCAAUCGGCUCACCUGUGCGUCUGUCCCGUACGGUGGUGGUUGGCAGACGACAGGAGCUGGUGCAGCGUCUUCUCUAUGUGCUGACCUACUUCAUCCGCUGCUCGGAGUUACUGGAGACACACCUGCUGGAGAGCGCCGAGGACGAGGCCAUCGUGAUGCCCGGCUCGCUCAUCACCACGUCGCUGCGCCGCGGAGAGGUGGAGGAGUCCGACUACGUGCUGGUUACCGUGCACAAGCCGAGCCAAGACUACCUGUCCCAGAGUGCAGAGGGAGAGGACGUCUACCCGUCUGAUGACAACAGCUUACAGGGCAGCACAUACAUGGACACAGAAGCCCCAGACGAGCACAAGCGUCCGCAUCCCGCCACACCGGAGGCAGACCCUAUCAGUGACGCGCCUGUCUGCAGAGAAGCAGGGAGCCCACGGCUCGAGACUCGACUGGAAACCGUGGUGAAAGUCGGCGCCAACUCCCCGUGCGAGAGAAGACCCUCGUUCGAGAUUCAAGGGGAUGUGCGGCCCGAGGUGGAGUCUGGUGGCGUGCCCAUCAGGAUCUUCCAUUCAUCAGAUAUCCUGCUAGACAAGAAGCCCCCUGACAAGAGCUUUGAUAACGCCAGGAACGAGCCCUCUGCUAAAGUCACAUUCCUCAUCGGAGACUCGAUGUCUCCUGAAUCUGACAUGGAGAGUCGACAACAAAAGGUGGAGGAGGAGAUCAAGAAACACAAGAAGCUUCUCAAAGACAACCAGCAGAAGCAGUGUAACGGCGAGGCUAAACUCCAAGUGGACCAAAUCAAGACCAACGAUAGCAAGACUAGAACUAGAAAGACGUCUCAGUGGUGUCCGAAAGUGCAAGGCGACUGCAUGGACAUGUUUGACGAGUAUUUCAGCGAUGACAAUCCCGUGGAGACGAGGACUAUUGAUGAUGUCUACCAAACGGAGAUGAAAGGCGCAGGAAACAAUUCCCCACGGUUGGACAAUGGUGGGUGUGAGUGCGACGCAGGAGAAACCUGCUGUAAAACCUGCUGUUCUGCCGAGCAGGACAAGGGCAUCGAGAUGUCGCUGAGUGUCCCUUCACAAGGCACCGUUGGGGAGAAAAAGAAAGCAGUCCCGCUGAACGACUGGGAGAUCCCACGCAAUGAGAGCUCGGACAGCGCGCUGGGGGACAGCGAGAGCGAGGACACCGGACAGGAGCUGCCCAGGCAAGAGCCCAAUGGGCUGUUCUAUGCUGAAGAGCAGGCCGACUGGCAGGAUGAGCUCGAGGUGCCUUUACCCGGGGCGAAGCUGGUGGAGAACUACUCUAAACCAAGCAUUGCCAACUUUGGGAGGUCGCUCUUCGGAGGAUACUGUCCUACGUACGUCCCAGACUUUGUUCUGCACGGAGCCCCCAAUGAUGAGAAACUGAGGCAGAACCUCGUGUCGGAUCUGGCCCAUGCUGUGCAGCAUCCUGUGCUGGAUGAGCCCAUCGCGGAGGCCGUCUGCAUUAUCGCAGACACCGAUAAGUGGAGCGUGCAGGUGGCCAGCAGCCAGAGACGACCCUCCGACAAGCUGGGCAAAGAGGUGCUCGUGUCCAACCUCGUGUCCAACCUGCUCCAGUCCACCUACCAGCUCUACCGACUCAACCUGUCGCCAAACUUCCGCCGUGCACUGGGCAUGGUUUUAGGGAUCGAGUCUAACGAUCUGCCCCUGCUAGCGGCCAUAGCGAGCACACACUCACCGUACGUGGCCCAGAUUCUGCUGUAGGCCACAUGGAGAGCGAGAGAGACUCCAUUCCCCCGCCGGCAGACAGGUCGGGUCCGCCAGGUUCGGUACGGCCAGACGGGGCCCCUCAAGGCCCCUGAGACUCCUGGAGCAGCUGACCGUUGAGUUGGCGCUCGUUGGGAACCAUCUCAGGGUGAGCAGACUGCAGGACAGACGCUCUGCCAUUAGAUGGCGGUCGAAACCCAGAGGUUCCCUGAAAGUGACCUGGGAAUAUCACUUUUUAACAGUGGACACAUGGAGUGCAUUUUAUAAUUCCAUAAACCACAUUUUUUUUUGUUUUGUUCCUUUACACAACAUAAGAAUGUAAAAGCCAAAGAAGAAAUCGAAGCAGCCCUUGCGUGCAUCAAGAACAAAUACUGAAGCUGUUCAUGGCACCUUCUUCAAAUCAACGUAGGAAGCAAAGACUGAGUUAUAAAAUCAGUUUUAUGAUUUUAAAUGAAUAUAUCAUGGACUGUUCUUAAUCGAUUGUGGCAGUGAGUGAUCAUGUAAUAUUCCUUUCUUUGUGUUUACAAGUCGUGUCCAGUUGAAAUGAGCUCUACCUCAAACCUUCAGUAUCACACACACACACACAUUUAACAUGCUAAAUUAAACAUUUGAGGUAAAGUUUUCAUUUUUGGUUUUCAGUCACCCAAUAAAGAUGAAACCAUGCUACGAUUUCCCAUGAAAGAGCUCUGAGGAUUCAGUUUUUAUCAUUUUUUUGGGCAGCGUCACUUUAGCUGUAACAGAAGUGUUUACCUGUCCUGUGGAAAUUAUUAAGAUAUGUAUUUUUAUUUGAAUAGUCAUUUAGACAACAUUCUGUGUGCAUGCGAUUUUUAAAAAAGGGAAUAAUUUGGUCAAGAGAAUGAGAUGGUCACCAAUCACUACAUUGGGAUUUGUGCCGGACCCUUUUUUAAUUCAACAAUCAUCUUGUAUUUUCAGGAUUGAAAUGCUGAAAUUUUUUAAUGUGUCUUUUUAGCUUGCAGACAGAUUUUUUACUGAUGGAAUAACCGAGAAAUGGAUGAAAAAUGAACAUGCAAUGAUUCAAUCAGUUAAUGACUUACAAAAGAUGUUUAUGAAUGGUUGGCUUACUUUGUCUUUGGGUCAAACCAUACAUCUUAAUCUUAGUCUUAAUCGACAAAAAAAA